AAGGUGUAGGAGAAUAUCAUUAUGGCGAAAGACAUCCGAUGAAACCAGCACGGCUAACGCUAACCAAUAGGCUGGUACUCGGUUACGGCUUGCACGAUCAGAUGAAAUGCUAUACCCCAAGGCAAGCAACUCGGGAAGAGCUGGAAUGGUUUCAUGAUAGCGAUUAUAUCGAAUUCCUAAGCACAGUCACACCAUCCACUCCACCUUCAGCCGCAUUCACUAGAUUCAACUUUGCAGAUGACUGCCCAGUGUUCGAUGGGAUGUAUGACUUUUGCAAAACAUACACAGGUGCCAGUUUAGCAGCCGCACGUAAACUCGUAUCCGGUCAAACGGAUAUUGCAAUCAAUUGGAGUGGUGGAUUGCAUCAUGCGAAAAAGCAAGAAGCAAGUGGGUUCUGUUACGUGAAUGAUAUCGUGCUAGCAAUUCAAGAACUGUUGCGGUACCAUCCGCGGGUACUGUACAUUGACAUUGACAUCCAUCAUGGUGAUGGAGUUCAAGAAGCAUUCUACAAUUCCAACCGAGUUUUGACAGUUUCUUUUCACAAAUACGGCAACGAUUUUUUCCCAUGCACGGGUGCAUUGAGUGAGAUCGGAACGGCAAUAGGGAAACACUUUUGUCUCAACGUGCCGCUACAAGAUGGCAUUGAUGAUAGUGCAUACGUUGCCCUGUUUAAAUCAAUCAUUGAGCCGAGUAUCACAACUUUUCGACCAGAAUCAAUUGUACUGCAAUGCGGGGCUGAUUCACUAGGUCUUGACAGGCUGGGUUGCUUCAAUUUGAGCAUUGCAGCGCAUGGAGAAUGUGUCCGAUUCGUGAAAUCAUUCAAUUUACCUACGUUGGUUUUGGGAGGAGGCGGGUACACGAUCCGUAACGUUGCGAGAUGUUGGACAUAUGAGACUGCAGUCUUGACUGGAUGCGAUGUUCCGGAUCAAUUGCCAACGACACCAUAUCUGGAGUACUUUGCUCCGACCUAUAGACUGCAUGAACCGUUGCAAACACGGGUAGAGAAUACCAAUUCACGGGCAAGUUUGGAAAAGAUACGGAGGGAAUGCUUGGAGCAGUUGAGAUAUCUGCAUGGUGCACCUAGUGUUCAAAUGCAUGAACUGCCUCCCGAUUUGAACGGAGCUUGGGUGGAAGAAGAGGCAAAUGAAGAUUCAAUCGCUGCAAAAGAUGCAGCGAACACCAGUGCGGAAAUUAAGCGGGAUCCUUAUGCUUAAAAUUCAUACCCUGUAUUUUUGCUUGUAUUUGUACUAAUUCAUCGAAAAGAUCU